GGUCACUUGUUCUAGAAAUACCCAGGUAUUCAUGUAACAGGAAUUGAGGUAACUAGGAAUGUCUGGCACCGAGGAAGACUUAAGUCACCACAUGAAAGUGGUUGUUCGUGUGCGUCCUGAGAACACAGCAGAAAGGGCAGUUCAGUUCCGCAAAGUGGUUCAUGUAGUGGAUAAGCAUAUACUUGUUUUUGAUCCAAAACAAGAAGAAAUCAGUUUUUUUCACAGAAAGAAAACUACAAAUUUUGAUAUUACAAAAAGACAAAAUAAGGAUCUUAAGUUUGUAUUUGAUGCUGUUUUUGAUGAAACCUCAACUCAAAUGGAAGUUUUUGAACACACAACCAAGCCAAUUCUUCAUAGCUUUCUGAAUGGAUACAAUUGCACAGUAUUGGCAUAUGGUGCCACUGGAUCUGGGAAGACUCACACGAUGCUAGGAUCAGCUGCUGAACCUGGUGUUAUGUACUUAACAAUGCUGGACCUUUUCAAACGCAUGGAUGAGAUUAAAGAAGAGAAAGAGUGCAGUACUGCCGUUUCUUAUCUGGAGAUAUAUAAUGAACAGAUUCGUGACCUCUUGACAAACUCAGGGCCACUUGCUGUCCGGGAAGAUGCACAAAAAGGAGUGGUUGUUCAGGGUCUCACUCUAUACCAACCUAAAUCUUCAGAGGAAAUAUUACAGCUACUAGACAAUGGAAACAGAAACAGAACACAACAUCCCACUGAUGUGAAUGCUGUGUCUUCGCGGUCUCAUGCUGUUUUCCAGAUUUAUUUACGACAACAGGACAAAACAGCAAGCAUCAAUCAAAAUGUCCAUAUAGCCAAAAUGUCACUCAUUGACCUCGCAGGAUCUGAGCGGGCCAGUAUUUCUGGUACUAAAGGGACACGAUUUAUAGAAGGCACAAAUAUUAACAAAUCUCUAUUAGCUCUUGGGAAUGUCAUCAACGCCUUAGCAGAUACAAAGAGAAGAAAUCAGCAUAUUCCUUACAGAAAUAGUAAGCUUACUCGUUUGCUGAAGGAUUCUCUUGGAGGAAACUGUCAAACUAUAAUGAUAGCUGCUGUUAGUCCUUCCUCUUUAUUCUACGAUGACACAUAUAACACUCUCAAGUAUGCUAAUCGUGCAAAGGACAUUAAAUCUUCUUUGAAGAGCAAUGUUCUUAAUCUCAACAGUCACAUAUCUCAGUAUGUAAAGAUCUGUAAUAUGCAGAAAGCAGAGAUUUUAAUGUUGAAAGAAAAACUAAAGGCCUAUGAAGAACAGAAAGCCCUGACUGACAGAAAUGACUGUGCCAAAUUAGUACAUUCAAACACGGAAGACAGAGAAAUUGAAAGAUUUCAAGAAAUUCUGAACUGCUUGUUCCAGAAUGGAGAAGGCAUAAGGCAAGAAUAUCUGAAGGUAGAAAUGUUACUUAAAGAAAAUGAACUAAAGUCCUCCUAUCACCAACAGUGCCAUAAGCAGAUAGAGAUGGUGUGUUCUGAAGACAAAGUGGAAAAGGCCACUUGCAAACAAGAUCGCAGACUUGAAAAGUUGAAAACCAAGCGCUGUUUCCUAGAGAAAAAGAAAGAAGAAGUGUUGGCACAAUUGGAUGAAAAUACCAAUUGGCUACAUCAAGUGGAAAGUGAAAUGCGACUCUUAGGUCAAAAUGGUGAUAUUCCAGAGGGACUCAAUAAAGAUCUUCAUUGUCACCAUUUACACCUCCAGCUCAAAGACCUGAGAACACAAAUGGAACACAUGGUGACUCUAGCUUGUCUCCAGGAGCAGCAUUACAGGCAGACUGAGGCUAUAGUGAAUGCUUUGCUUCCAACCCUAAAAAAACAGUACUGGACAUUGAAAGAAACUGGCCUGUCAAAUGCGGCUUUUGAUUCUGACUUCAAAAAUAUUGAAAAUUUAGUAGAAAGAAAAAAAGUGGUGGCUUGGGCUGACGAAACUACCAAACACUCAAACCAAAGUGAUCUUCCAGGGAUUUCUCUUCCAGUGACCUUCCCACAGCUUAGACCAAUUCAGUCCAUUCCUUGUUGUGUAUCCAUGAGUGAACCUAACUUGCUUAAAAUUACUCCACAAAGAAGAACCCGAAGAAAAUUAAUGCCUUCUCUCUUGAAAGUAAAGCAUACUCAGAAGUCUAUACUGUCUGAAAGUACACAGCUCAAUGAUUCUUUCAGCAAGGAACUUCAGCCUAUUGUUUAUACCCCAGAGGACUGCAAAUCCUCUCCUCAAGACCUGUCUCUAUCCUUAACAAGAGCUGCAUCACAGUCUGCAAAUGUAAUGAACAAUAAUUCCCUGAGAGCACUGUGUAGAAUAGAGUCUCCUCUCAGCAGAACUGAGUGUAAAGAGGGUUUGCACUCUACAUCUACUGUAUGUGAUGACAUCGGAAGCUUGAAGAAUAAAUUGCCUGAACAACAACCAUUAGCAAGCAGCAAAAGCAGUUUAAACAGGAUUGAGUCUCCUUCAUUUUCAACUAAGAAUUCUAGGCCUGCAUCAACAAGUGUGCCAUCCUACAUGGCAAUGACUACUUCUGCAAAGAGGAAAUGGAAAUUUAUAAGUUCUACAUCAAAUGCUUCAUUAAAAUCUGAUGAAAGUUGUGGAUCUGCCAAACGCAUUCGACAGGAUACUUCGAGUGUUAAUCUCAUGCAAGAAAACAGACUGAGAGUGGGCUAUAAAAGAAGCACCAACAAAACAUCAACAAACAUGUUUAGAAAAUUUAGAAGAAACACUUCAAAAGAAAAUGUACAGUAAGAAGAAUCAAUGUCCUUUGUGUGGCUUUUGUUCCUUCAGAAAUGUAUUUCAAGUCUGGCAAAGAAGUCCAUCUAAAACCAUUUGCUCAAAUACUGUCAGCAAGCAAAAUGAAACUUCUUUUAUAACUAAAGUUAAAUAUAAAAUUACAACAGGGUAUGUUUCCCAUUUCUCAAACAUUUGGUACUCUUGAAAAUCUCUUAAGUCACCAUGAUGCCUAUUUACUUAUACUUUACCACAAUUUGAUUAGAACAAUGCAGAAAAAUAGUAAAUUCAAUUGCCCUUAUUAUUUUCAAAACUAAGGAGACUUUAGAAGUCAUAAUUAUGGCCAAGAUAUAUUUGUUCUUCUGCUGUGUGUCAAUAUGUUGGCUUAGCCAUACAUGUGAUAUUACUUUCUAAAACUUUGAUGUAAAAAUGUAGAUAUAUAUAUGUCCAUAACAUUGUAAAUAUUAUUUAAAUACCAUCCAUAAAUAAGAUGCUAAUCUUUUAUUACUUGGUACAUUAAAGAAGUAGAUUUUAAA